GAGAAGCGAGAUAAAUUGUGGAUGUCGCAUCCAGAUCGCAGGGUCUUCAAUCAAACUGAGUAUAAGGAAUUCAUCCCAGCUGAAGAGCGCCACAUUCCUAACUUCCUCGCUGCCUUCUCGGUCAUUAAGUCUCAAUUUGCAGGAGAUCGCGCCGAUAACCAUGUCCACUGGGUCCGUUAGCGAUGCAGAAGACCUCCAGGAAAUGGACGGGCUGGGCACGGAGGAGGAAUGCGACGUUUUAAAGAGGAAAUCCAGCAAGGAGUUCUGCACUUCCAACGACAGCAACGAAGACAGCUCCAACACCGAACACGAGUCGCCCAAAAAGGUCAGGGGAGCUUCGGGAAAGAGACGCAAGGCGAGCUCCAACAAGCCCCCUCUGAAUGGAGUGACCCAGGAAGGGAAGCAGGUUCAACGUAACGCAGCUAACGCCAGGGAGAGGGCCAGAAUGAGGGUACUCAGCAAAGCCUUCUCCCGCCUCAAAACCACCCUGCCCUGGGUCCCGCCAGACACCAAACUGUCCAAACUCGACACCCUGCGGCUGGCGUCCAGCUACAUCGCACACCUGAGACAGAUCCUAGCCAAUGACAAGUACGAGAACGGCUACAUUCACCCAGUCAACCUGACAUGGCCGUUUAUGGUCGCGGGAAAGCCGGAGAGUGAGCUCAAAGAGAUUGCGAAUACUGGUCGCCUGUGCGAGACUACAGCCUCAUGACUAAAAUACAUAUAAAGGAACAGUUCGCAUAAUUUCGGAGGAAAAUCCAAAAGCCACAGAGAAAGUAACCGAGGAAGGAACCGUGGACACAUUUCUGCAGCCCGGCACCACCACUGAGUGGCCAGUGUUCCUCCACUCAGCGCGUCGAUAUCGUCCCAUUACUUUGCUGGUCAGAGUACGAAAGGGAUCUUUUACGUCUUCAUUAAUAACAGUGAUCAGACUUUAAUAUUGUCCCGAAAGACAUUAUAGGUACGUUAAAUUUCAGAGCUGACUUUGAUAGUCACAUGCUGUGUAAGGAAGCAUAACAUAAAAUAUAUGUAUAUAUAUAUAUAUAUAUUUUCUUUAUCCGCAGGUCUUUGGAAAUGUUGUAAAUAAAAAGUCUGCUUUUAUAUUUAAACCGCUGUGACCGUGUGGGCAUGUAUGACGUGCUGCCGUCUCUCUAGCUCUGUGUAAGUGCGCUGUGACACUGUGCUGAUUGAUUGCCCCGCAUUUUGCUUGUAUCGGACCCCGAACCUCGACGAUCGAGGCGACAAGAGUGACAACAGUAACGAUUUGUUUAUUUCUUCCACUGAAAGGAUAAGCAAGAGAUAGCUCGUGUUAGUUGAGCCAGGGCUCAAAGAAAACAAACAUUCCGAGCUGGCUCAUCGCUGGGGUUUAGGACCAAUGUUGACCUCGUGAAAAAACAAAAAACAACUGCCGGAGAACUAAUUUGAGAUGCUCCGUUAUCACACAAGUAAAUACAUACACGUAUUUCAGUCAUGGGACUUUGGAAACAAAAUGAAACUCUAUAGGCGGAGGAACAGCACUUCGCAUUUCGCUUAGGCAGCUUGCAACCCAGCGGCAUGAAUCUUGAUUUCUCUAACUUCAAGUAACCCUUGCCUUCCCCAUCUCCCCCCUCCAUCCCACACCCCAGUUCUCCGACUAGUUUCACUGUCCUCCUGAUUAAUUUUACUGAUUUGUGUUCCUCGUUGUCAUCAACCAUUCAUUCUACAUUUCCUUGAGCAUUGUCUGCUUUAAUCUGUCGUUUUCACACCUUACCCUUCCAUAUCUCGAGUCUCCAUCUCCCCGACAGUCUGAAGAAGGGACUCGACCCGAAUUAUCACCAUUCUUUCUCUACAGAGGUGCUGCAUGUCCCGCUGAGUUACUCCAGCUUUUUGUGUCUAUCUCUAGGUGUUAGGUUUUUCACACGCCAUAGGUACUGGGAGCAAUCGUCCAAUGUUUGGUUUCACGAAGAGAUUAAAUUCCAUAGGACUGCUUACUGCUUCGAUAAGUGUUUCCUCAGUUACAUUAUCUUUAUAUAGUUGACAUCGAGCCUGCAUAGAUUAUGACAGACAAAAGUACCUUUUAACACAAAGUGCUGGAGUAACUCAGCGGUAAGGCAGCAUCUCUGGAGAAAAAUGAUGGGUGACGUUUCGGAUCGGGACCCUUCUUCAGACUCAAAUUUCGCAGUGGAGUAGACAAAAUGUGCAGAAAGGGACUGCAGGUGCUGGUUUAUACCGAAGAUAGACACAACGUGCUGGAGUAAUUCGGCGGGUCAGGCAGCAUCUCUGGAGAAAAAUGACGUUUCGGGUCGGGACCUGCAGAAGGUCGUAUUUUUUUAUACAAAGUAAUUGCAGAUAUCGGUUUACCA